CUCAGAGUGGUAAAUCCACGCCAAGAAGCGAUUUUGAGAGCACUACGAGACACCCAAAUAGAGCCUAAUUCUGGUGAAGAAGGUUUCUUCUUCUUCUUCUGGGCCAUUCUGUUUUUAGUGAUCCCCCAAAUACAAGAUGUCUAGAAUUGUGAUAGUUUUCGACUUUGACAAGACCAUCAUCGAUUGCGACAGUGACAACUGGGUCAUCGAUGAGUUGGGUUUCACUGAUUUGUUCAAUCAACUCCUUCCCACCAUGCCGUGGAACUCUGUUAUGGACAAGAUGAUGAUGGAACUUCAUUCACAUGGUAAAACAAUUGAGGACAUUGAAGGGGUUCUGCAUAGGAUUCCUAUGCACCCCAGAGUGAUACCUGCCAUUAAAGCUGCUCAUGCAUUGGGGUGUGAUUUGAGGAUUGUUAGUGAUGCCAACAUGUUUUUCAUUGAGACUAUUUUGAAACACUUGGGAAUAAGGGAAUAUUUCUCCGAGAUUAACACUAAUCCAGGUUAUGUUAAUGAAGAAGGAAGGUUAAGGAUUCUGCCUUACCAUGAUUUUAACAAGGUUUCACAUGGCUGCAGUUUAUGCCCUCCAAACAUGUGCAAGGGCUUAAUAAUAGAUAGAAUUCAAGAGUCAAUUUCUCAAGAGGAUAAUAAGAGGUUCAUCUACCUUGGUGAUGGAAGUGGUGACUAUUGCCCAAGUUUGAGGCUUAAAGAGAAAGACUUGAUGAUGCCAAGGAAGAACUUUCCAGUGUGGGAAUUGAUAUGCAAAGACCCUUUGCUUGUUAAGGCUGAAAUCCAUGGGUGGAGUGAUGGAGAAGAGCUUGAACAAGUUUUACUGCAUUUAAUCAACAAAAUUUCCAUUGAGGAAAAUGCUCAGCUUAUUUCAUCUGAUUGCAAGCUACAGAAUCUCUCUGUUUCUACCCCUGAAGCUUUGCCCAAAGUUCUCUCAGUUCGGCCAUGAUUUAUUAGUUUAGUAUCUUUACAAAUGUAUCAUAACUCACAGGCUUUUUGUUUAUUAACCUCAAUCAAACCUUCAUCGAAAUAGCUCAUGUUGGAAUUGGUCCAGAUGGACAACUAAUAACUUUUAUCAAAUACAAAUAUCGGUUUGAUCUUGAUCCUUGUGGAUUGCUUA